AUGAAGCUCCUCAUGCCAGCUACCCUCAUCCUGCUCCUCUCCCUCUGCACCCUGGGCACAGGGACGCGUGAAUACCCCUCUGUCCUCACUGUGCCCAAUGGAGGCCACUGGGGCAAGUGGGAGAGUCACCAAUUUUGCUGUUAUGGCUAUGCCAAUGGAUUUGCGCCGAAGGUGGAACCCUCCCAGUUUGGAAGAGGUGACACAGUUCUGAAUGGCAUAUGCCUGCAUUGUCAAGAUGACUCAGUCAUUGAGUCCUUGGUGGGGGAGUGGGGUACCUGGACCAUCUUCCAAGUUUGCCCUGGAGGCUACUUGAUCUCCUUCUCACUGAGAACAGAGGAGUCCCAAGGAGGAGGUGAUGACACAGCAGCCAACAACAUCCAGUUCAGAUACUCAGAUUCAACUGUACUAGUAGGUGAUGGACUGUCGUGGGGUAGAUUUGGUCCAUGGAGCACAAGCUGCAACAUAUGUGGUCUCCAGACCAAGGUAGAGCCCCUACAGGGGCUUCAGGAUGACACAGUGCUCAACAAUGUGAAGUUCUGCUGUAAAUGA